GAUGUUGGUUAAAGUGUAGAUGAGUACAACAUAAAUCUUUGGUCCAUUUUAGGACGGCGUGAAGCAAAUUUUCAACUCUUUCUUCAUCGAAGACCAUCUCCAUUCUUCGGUCUCUCGUCUGGUAAAUUAUUAGUGACAGAAAGCAAGGAAAAAUAAUCACAGGUUAAAAAGGCGAGUUUUUGAGUUAGGUAAGAAGAGGAAGAAGAAUCAUGGCUGUUGUUGAAUCAACCAGUCCAGAUUCAGCUGUUGUUGCAUCAUCAGCAUCGGCACCAGUGUCAAACGGACAGAAUCAGCCGAAGCAAGACGGAGUUUCGAUGGUGCGACCGCACGAUCAGGGCUUGUUCGUCUCUGGUAACAACCAAAACAGUCAUGGAUCCAACGGCGGAGGUGAUUUUAAACAUGAUAUGAGGGAGUUACAAGAGCUUUUCUCUAAGCUCAACCCCAUGGCUGAAGAGUUUGUUCCUCCUUCACUUGGUAAAACUAAUGGAUUUAAUGGAGGUUUUUUCGCUAACAACUUGCAUCUUUUGCUUAAUCAAAACAUCGUAAAUGGAAAUGUUAAUGGCAACGUUGCUGUUCGACGGAAGAAAAGUUUUGGCCAAGGCAAUCGGAGAAUCAACAACAGGACUAGUAUGGCCCAGCGGGAUGAUGUCAUUCGGCGGACUGUAUAUGUGUCUGACAUUGAUCAACAGGUCACUGAAGAGCAGCUCGCAGCUCUAUUUGUCAGUUGUGGCCAGGUUGUUGAUUGCCGUAUUUGCGGUGAUCCUAAUUCUGUACUUCGUUUUGCCUUUGUUGAGUUCACUGACGAUGAAGGUGCAAGGGCUGCUUUAAAUCUGGCGGGAACAAUGCUUGGAUUUUACCCUGUCAGGGUGUUACCUUCCAAAACAGCUAUUGCUCCAGUUAACCCCACAUUUUUGCCAAGGAAUGAAGAUGAACGUGAAAUGUGUGCAAGAACUAUAUAUUGUACAAAUAUCGAUAAGAAGGUCACUCAAGCAGAAGUUAAGCUCUUUUUUGAAUCAGUCUGUGGAGAGGUUUAUCGCUUGAGGCUACUAGGAGACUAUCACCAUUCCACUCGUAUUGCUUUUGUGGAGUUUGUGAUGGCUGAAAGUGCAAUUGCUGCUCUCAACUGUAGUGGUGUGGUUCUUGGUUCAUUGCCAAUUAGGAUAAGCCCAUCAAAGACGCCUGUUAGGCCACGAGCACCUCGGCUUCCCAUGCAUUGAAUCAUCCCGAUGAUCCCAACUGAUUCUAGUACCAGUUUAUAUAUAUAUAUAUAUAUAUCUAGAUACAUACGCGCACCAAUGUAAAGAUGUUCUCAUCUCUGGUCUGUCUGAUCUACAUAUACUUUUGUCUGUGGCAUCUCUGCCCUGGAAGUUGGUUGUCAUAUUCGCUCAUUCUGGCAAAUAUAGAGUCAGUAUUUCGAGGCUUUAGAGAUUUCAUAUAUUAUUGCUCGAUGGUAUGGAAUGGAUGUUGCUUGUUUGACAUUUUAAACAUCCUACUAGUGAGCUAUAUAUUUGACUAA